CAUGAGAAACCUCACAAUUUUCGCUGUGCUUUUCAUGGCCAUCUUCAUUGCUUCAGCAGGUGCGAGAGAGACGAGAAUGUUGCAAAAAACUUGCCCCGUUGUCUGGCCAAUGGUUCCAUGCGAUGCUAAAAAAUGCGAAAAAAUGUGUCAUGAUUACUACGGUCUUAUCUCUGUCUCCUCUUUUUGUAAUAGACUCGGCACUCCAAUCGCCGAAUGCGGCUGUAAUCUUACAGAUUGUUAAUUAGUAGCGUAAAUGCUUUAUCAAUGUCAAAGGGUAAUAUUCCCUCUGUUCCUAAAACAUAUUUUCAU